UCGACUCGGCAUUUAAAUUGAGCUGCAGGACAUCAGCUGCUGCUACAUUCAGCGCUGUACUGUGACAGUAAAUAACCCGUGGUGCUAGCAGAAACAGGUUACCCUUGUUUUUGUCUCGAAAGCGACAGAAUUAUCAGUUGACCCCGAGGAGGUUUGGGUUAUUUUAUUGGCAGAAGAGCGGGAGCAGUUGAACAAUAACGGUGGUUGCGCUCUGACAGCAGCUCGGUGCAUCAUUUUUGGGAUUCCUCUGCUAGCUGUUGGACGAAAUUAAAUAGCGGUAACGUGAUGUUGUGCAUGAGCAGCAUGAUUUAGGUGUUUCCUGGGCAGUGUUUGUUUGCUGAAAUAGAUCGGUAAACAAAAUCAAACUCACUGAAUGCAGUGUUUUUUCGGCCCAGGAGCAUAAGUGGCCUGGACUUGGGAGGACCGAUAGACUCGAUGAUGAGAGUGCAUUUGAAGGGUCAAGUUUAAAUUCUGAUAAAUAGACACAAAAAAUAGAUUUUUUUUGUAGGUGUAGAGACAAAAUAUUAAAGCAGUUUAAUCGUGAACAUAAUAUCAGGACAAAUCCUAAUACAUCAAAAACAACACUCACCAACCAUUUAGAAUAGCAGGGCAGACAAGAGACUGACUUAAACUGUUACAUAAAAUAUCUCUGCCAUUUUUUUAAAUUUUUGCAGACAUUUUUUCCCCAAAACAGACUUUUAAAAGAGAUGUUACCUCUUUUUUUCUAGAAAAUUCCAGCAGAAUAUAACCUGGAGAACCAGUUUUCUUUCCUGUUUUUCAGUGUGUAUAUUUAACUAACCGUUUUUGUGUAAAUUUAAAGUUGGGCCUCAAGUUAUUUGUUUUUGGAUUAGAUUAAGUCUUAGCUUCAACUGACUUUUUGAAACAGACUUUAAGUUUGGAGCUCCUCUUGUCUUGCAUGUGGGGAAAUCUCACUUCAGGAUUCACAAGAUCAAAUCGAAUAUCCAAUCUAACAACAAACAGCAUCUUUGACUGGUUGUACGUAUUGGAGGCUUUAGUUGUCCAACAAUAAGCAACCAUGUUCAGCUGGCUUGGAACAGAUGACAGGAGGAAGAAGGAGCCAGAAGUCUUCCAGACCGUCAGCGAAGGACUGAAGAAGCUUUACAAAACCAAACUCCUGCCACUGGAGGAAAGCUAUAAGUUCCACGAGUUCCACUCCCCGGCUCUGGAGGAUGCUGACUUUGACAACAAGCCCAUGGUCUUACUGGUGGGGCAGUACUCCACUGGCAAAACGAGCUUCAUACGCUACCUGUUGGAGCAGGAUUUUCCAGGAAUGAGGAUCGGCCCCGAACCCACCACGGAUUCCUUCAUCGCGGUGAUGCACGGCGACACAGAGGGAGUCAUCCCCGGCAACGCUUUGGUGGUUGACCCCAAGAAGCCGUUCAGAAAGCUGAACGCGUUCGGAAACGCGUUCCUCAACAGGUUUGUGUGUGCCCAGCUGCCUAACCCAGUGCUGGAAAGCAUCAGUGUGAUCGACACACCAGGGAUUCUGUCUGGAGAGAAACAGAGAAUCAGUCGAGGCUAUGACUUUGCGGCAGUCCUGGAGUGGUUUGCGGAGCGAGUGGACAGGAUCAUAUUACUGUUUGACGCCCACAAACUGGACAUCUCUGAUGAGUUCUCAGAGGUGAUAAAGGCCCUGAAGAACCAUGAGGACAAGAUCAGGGUUGUGCUGAACAAGGCUGAUCAGAUAGAGACCCAGCAGCUGAUGAGAGUCUACGGUGCCCUGAUGUGGUCACUAGGGAAAAUCGUCAACACCCCUGAGGUGAUCCGUGUCUACAUCGGUUCAUUUUGGUCCCACCCUCUGUUGAUCCCCGACAACAGGAAGCUGUUUGAGGCCGAGGAGCAGGACUUAUUCAAGGAUAUUCAGUCUUUACCGAGAAAUGCGGCACUUAGAAAACUCAAUGAUCUCAUCAAGAGGGCAAGGCUAGCCAAGGUCCAUGCCUACAUCAUCAGCUCACUGAAGAAAGAGAUGCCCUCUGUGUUCGGGAAGGAGAACAAGAAGAAAGAACUGAUCGCCAGUCUGGGAGAUAUCUACAAGCGCAUUGAAAGAGAACAUCAAAUAUCACCUGGAGAUUUCCCAAAUUUGAAGAAGAUGCAGGACCAACUCCAGGCUCAGGAUCUCACCAAAUUCCAGCCUCUGAAACCCAAACUCCUCGAGGCAGUUGACGACAUGCUAGCCAAUGACAUUGCUAGCUUAAUGAUCCUGGUCCGUCAAGAAGAAACACAGCGCCCUAACCCAGUUGUGAAGGGUGGUGCAUUCGAUGGCACUCUGGACGGCCCAUUCGGCCACGGGUACGGCGAAGGAGCCGGCGAAGGCAUUGACGAAGCCGAGUGGGUCGUUGCACGUGACAAACCGGCUUACGAUGAGAUUUUCUACACAUUAUCUCCUGUCAACGGAAAGGUGACAGGAGCCAACGCCAAGAAGGAGAUGGUGAAGUCAAAACUGCCCAAUACAGUGCUGGGAAAGAUCUGGAAGUUGGCAGAUAUCGAUAAGGAUGGGAUGCUGGAUGAUGAGGAGUUUGCGCUGGCCAAUCACCUGAUAAAAGUGAAACUGGAAGGACAUGAACUACCAUCAGAGUUGCCUGCACACCUGGUGCCCCCAUCUAAGAGGAAAAUACCUGAGUAAAUGUAAGAUUACCCCAAUUCCCUGCUCCAUAACCUGUAAGUAGACCCUACCCCCAUCCCCAGAGAAAAGUAUUUCCAUUUAAAAGAGGAAGUUUCCUGUAGCAUUAUAGCAAAAAACUACAAAUUUAAAAGUAGACUACAUCUCCAAAUCCAACCUGCCCUGUUGCUUCAUCCACACUGCUUCAUCUGCAGUCUUUCUUUAAGUUCAAGAGGCAAAUAUUAGAAGUAUUCGGUUAUUCAAAUAAAAUCAUGCUAGCUGAAGCUCAGUGGCAGCAAACCUUUGUGUGAUGAUAAAAAACAAGGUUUGUCUUUUUUUUUUUUUUUUUUUUUUUUUUUUACACAGCACUCUGUAGAUUUGACUUGAAAACAGGAUGACAUUUGGAUUUAAAUGUAACAUUUCUGCAGUGCUGAAAUGAGUUUUACCAGGGUAGAAAACUGGAUGUGGAUGAGUCAAAGUCAAGUCUUUAAACCAUUCAAAGAUGAGAUAUUAGGAGUUGUUAGUAGGGUAGGUGUUAGGGUUAGGGUGGUGAGUAAUGAAAAACAAAUUACAAAAGUCUGAAACAAGAAACACUGGAAUAUAAAAAAAAAAAAAUCUAAGUUGGGCUAAACUACUGGAAGGCAAUGGAGAUGCAACAAUGUGAAGAGAAAAAAAAGGGAGAGAAGAGGAAGAAAAUGUUGUUGGAAGGAUUAUUUUGGGAGAUGGGUAUAAAAAUCCAAAUAAACAGUUUAUCCCCCUUAAAACUGUCUCUAUAAUAAGAACUAUUAUUAUACUAUUAUCUGUAAUCAGCACAGUAAAGUCAUGUUUGACUGCAGUAUUUCACACGACCACCAAAACAUUUCACAGCCCUUGUAUCUCGAGGUCCUGCAUUAUUUUUGGUCUCCUGGCAUGGCUGAGCAGUCUGGCUUUUGUUUCAUGGCGACAUAUUAAGCAACUACAAAGAUUUCCUGUCAAAUAGCUUGAGAAUACACACAGACAUGCCAAUGUGUAAAAGCACACGCACAGAAAACGAGCACCAUCUCUGGGUUUGGAUUUUGUGACCAGACUGCGACAGAGUGGAGCACUUUGUUGUGCAACACCUCCAGGUAACACAAAAAGAAAAUGGUCUAAGUAAACCACUAACGUUUGAAAUUUUUUAAAAAUGUGAUGUGCUAAUGUUAGUGUUUGUGUGUGGGAUAGAGUUUACAACAUCACCAUCAUGCAUUGUAGUAUGGACAUUGAGAGGAUCUUUCGCAAUGAAGGAGGAAAUGUUUGUUUAACGGGAAACAAGCAGGGGAGGAGCUGAGAAUGUUAAGUGGUUUAUCUCUUCAAGGAUUUUUAAAUACUUCUGAAUUACAUUAACAUAUUUGAAGAUACUGUGACUAUGAUAUAAAACCAUACUAUGGGGUAUUGUUUGAACACAUCAGUGUGCUGAUAUUCUCAGUAAAAAAAAAAGUAUUGUGAGGACUUUGAAUGUUGUACGUGCGUUCAUGGUUCUGUGUGGGCACAUCCUGAUUAUUCUAUGUAUGCAUAUGAACUCAUGUAUCGGUGUUAUUAUUUGUAGCAUAUAUGUAUUAUGUCUUAAGCAUUACACAGGCUACUGAGUUGGGAUUCUUCCACUGGGUUAUGAAUUGAAAACUGAUGAAUCAGUUUAUUGCUCGUUAACCUAACCUUGCAGUCCAGAGAGUGAACACAUAGCUUUUUGCUUCCUUUGUGAUGAUAACAAACACUAAUCCACACAUUUUUCAAAAUGUUUCUUUUUGUUCUUGAGGGAAAAAAUUGGCUUUCUAUUUCAUGUAUUUAAAUUGUACACAUGUAAUAAAUAAUGUUUCUCAUGUAUUACUGUAGCAUUAUGCCAGUAUAUGUAUGUAUGUAUAUUUCACAUUAGGACCAUAGUUUUAAUGAGCCUCUAUCAUAAGAUGAAACACUUAACUAACUAAAAUUUGAUUCCCAUAUGGUAAGACACUAAUGUGUUGGUAGUGACACAGUAUUUACCCAUUUUGAGCUUGACAAUUGAUUUAACUGAAAUAUUUCCAGUUUAUGGCCAUGAAUGCCCCUCCCUGUGUAUCUCUGUGCUGUUACUGUGAAUCUGAUUUACAUAAGAAGAUUGCUUGCAUUCCAUGAACACAAACUGGGAAAUCAUCCUUCUCAUCCUGCAUUACUUUAUGUAUCACUAGCUCGUAUCUCAUAGAUGAGCCAGAUCAGACAGUAACAAAUGUGCUUGUUGAUUAUGGAUUCUCUGCAAAACAAAGUCCCUGAACUUGAUAAGUUGGUUUCAAUACCAUGACAGAUUGCAACAUAAAAUCCUGUUUUACUGGUAAAUACACUAAGUGGAAACACUGGCGUUAUGGUAUAUUGUCUGUUUUUGAGAUGGUGAUGCAUUGCUUAAUCUGUACUUCACUGCUUUCCUGUCAACAUAAACAGUCUAAAAGUGUAAUAAAGUUCAUUUACUCAA